AUGGAGAAAAACCACAAGAAAAGCAUGAGGCAACACUGUGCGCUCAAACAUGGAAUACUUAAAGAGUUCCUGGCUGAAUUCUUGGGGACGUUUGUUUUGGUUGUAAGUAAAACUCUAUUUUUUAUAUGAAUGAAAUCUUGAUAAUCUUGUAAGACUUACUGGUUAAAAUGAGUUUUUAUUUUUUCUCUGCUUUUAUGGUGUUACGUUUUCAAAGAUACUGCAGCAGUUUGAAUUUGUUGUUUUCUCUGUUUGUCAGCUGUUUGGCUGUGGCUCGGUCGCUCAGACCGUCCUCAGUCGAAACACUCUGGGGGAGCCCCUCACCAUCCAUAUUGGCUUCUCUGUGGGACUCAUGAUGGCGGCAUAUGUGGCUGGUGGAGUGUCAGGUAAAUGUUCACGCUGGGCUUGUUGAAGCUUCUUCAUUUAAUUGUUUAUUUCCACUCAGCCUUAAACAGCUUCACAUGAGGUACCACAACACACUAGCAGCUAUUUACUUUAUUCUUUGGAUUUAUGCCUGGAAAACUAACUCACGGCUUUCGGUGGAUAUGGCGUUUUGUCAAAACCGAUAAAAAUAUUCAAAAUAGUGAGAUCAGUUUGUUCGCUUUUUCCGCCUCACUGCCGUGUUUAAUCUUCUGUGAAAUCCAGCCCAGCAGACUCUUCAUAUUAAAGUAAUUCAUAGUUGAAACAAAUAACUAGCAGCAGAGCACAUACACAUCCUGACACGGAUGGUUUGUUUGUGUUACAGUAAAAUGUGACUCACAGAGCUUGUUAUAAUUGAACUUUAUGACUUCCCCGCUCAGCCAUGUGCCACCUCCACAGCUCCAGACUCAGCAGGAACGUGCCAGCUCUCUGUCCACAUCCAAUGAGUGUAUACUGAGCAUUGAUUUGUUAGCGUUAGUGCUCAGCCUCUGUGGGGUCAUACAUAACCGCAGGCGCUAAAUGUCCUGCAAACUGCAUUGAUCACCAGCUGCACUCCUGUCGCUGACAGAGACCAGACUGAGUCCAAACAGAGCUGCAGCUUCUCUCAGUUAGACUUCAUAAUCAGCUGGAAUCACUGACUGAUUUCUAACGUGUUUGUACAAAUUCAAAACGGGCUGGAUGUGAGCACAGCUGGAUGAAAAAGGAACAGAAUAAUAGUCCUUUUGUUUUUGGUUGAAUUUCUAAUACGUUGCCAUUAUUCUGCCUCUUUCUUUUGGUGAAAAUACAUAACAAAACCCAGCACCGCCCCAGGAGCUGCUCCCCUUCUGCUGCCCCUCGUAAAUGUGACACCCUCACUAAUGAUGGAGAGGAUAUCAUGCCAGACACCCCCACCCACUGCACCCCACUCUCACUCCUCCUGCUUUGUCCUCUGUUCCCAGGGGGCCAUGUGAACCCUGCUGUGUCGCUGGCCAUGGUGAUUCUCGGAAAACUGAAGAUCUGGAAGUUCCCCUUCUACGUCAUCGCUCAGUUUCUUGGAGCUUUUGCAGGAGCUGCUGCAGUCUUUGGAUUAUAUUAUGGUGUAUAAACCUGGACUCUUUGACCUAAGACAUGCAUUUUUAUUUAACUUUAUAUAAAAUCAUGAAUGCACACUCAAUUAUACAGCCUACAUGCCAUCUGUUGUGAUCCAUCUUUUUAAGUUUUUACACGAAGAGUUAUAAAACAGAACUAAAAACAAAAAGAAAAGAAUAAAAAAAGAAACGGAUCAUGGGGUUUCUGUUUCCUGGUCUGUCCAUUUUUAAUCAGAACAGCUCAAACACCAGUAUUCAUACUACUUUGAGAGUCAUAGUUGAGCUGUAGGAGUUGAAAUACUUCAGUUCAUGUCCCUCAGAUUUAAAAAGAUCCUCUCACACUCUUUCUACUUGUCCUCCUCACAGAUGCUUUCAUGGACUUCACCAGCGGGAUUCUGUCUGUGACGGGAAUCAAUGCAACAGGUCACAUUUUUGCAUCUUACCCAGCAAGACACCUGUCAAUCAUUGGCGGCUUCAUCGAUCAGGUGAGCCCUGUUCGCUGUGACCCAAUGACCCCUCUUUCUAUUGUUCACCUCCGCUCCCAUUCAGGCCCUAAAUUCUCUAAAGUUGGGCAGUUGUAGCUAAUGCAGAAUUGAUUGCCCCGUUUAGUCGGAGAACACCCCCUCUUUUGUUUCAUUUGGGUCUGAUGACCCAUUUCCUGCCAUUCUAUGGGAGGUCAAAUCUAUAGUUAACACCACUUUCUCUCUUUUUAGUGGGUGCGUUGAUGCAAAAACAACAUGUCUACUAGCCUUAAACUGUUGAAAACUCUAUCUGGUCGAACAGUGAGAAAUGUGUGAUUGUGCUUGUCUUAAAAUAUCCUCAAAAGUCAGCGCACCAGUGGGGCUGCACAGGCCUGUAAAGCUUUUUUCUGUAUGUUCAGAAAAUACAGUUGAAAUUAUAUGAAGACUGCUAUCUAUGAUAAUGUUGAAAGAGUGAUUCCACACAUCCUACAAAAUCAAACAAGACCAACAGAGUCAGGAUAAGAAUAAUGAGUAGACAGUAACUCUUAUUUAACCAAUGCUGCAGGAUGGUGUUCAACUCAGUUACAGCCUUUGUGUUUAUUUUUUCAAGCAAAGAUUCAUAGCGAGUGUCAUGGCUGACUGUAAAGGACAACAGGUUGAUCUUUUUUGCUCAAAAACACAGUUUUAACACGUGUUUGACAAGAUAAUCAAAGACAUGACAUAUCAGUGUUUUCGCUACAGUGCCAGAAUAGAAGCCAAACUAAAGUUUCUCUCACAAGCUUGAAAGGUUGAGUGUUACUGUAGUUUUUGACUGUGACACAUCGAUAGGUGGGAUUUAUCAAAAGACAGGCAGUUUUAAGAAAUCAUGUCGAAGGAUAAUUGAAAAAAAAAAGCAUAAAAUGUAAAACUGUUUCACCAUUUUGAAGAUAUUUUUCAUAUUUUUUCUCUUCGCUGCAGGACAGAAAGGUUCAGAGGAUCUUUUGUACCAACAGCCGUCAGACUUUACAACUCUUUUAUAAAUGGUAGAUGACUUUUGAGACACGACAAAUGAGAUGACAGAUGAUUGAAUUUCCCUUCGGGGAUCAAUAAAGUUAUUCUUAUUCUUAUUAAAAACAUUACUGUACUGUUGUUUUAUGAUACUGAAAGAUUUAGUGGACAGUUAAAAAUGGCAAAGCAAUAAAAUCUUUGCUGCACAUAAUUUGUAGGGAGGAAAUUUGGAGAUAGAAAAAAUAUGAGUAAAUAAAAAAGAAAUGCGCCUGGAACUGGUGAAAGGAACUAUUUACAAAAGACACAGAGUAUUGCACAUUGAAAAAACAGUGUUCUUCAGUUUGAUAUCAGUUUAUACAGGUUAUUAAUGAAGUUAUUUAUCAUAUUGUUGACUUGUUCACAGUCAGAUUACACUGGCCAGAUAAAACAUAUACAAUGGAGAAGUUUACAGCUUUUGAGUGAAAAAUAAGUUCAGGCCAGACAUAAUGUGACGCUCAGAGAGAGAAGUUUUUAGCCUCAAAUUGGCACUUAUCCUGUCAGAUGGAUGUAAAGAUAUACCUCUCCAUAAGGCAAGUUAAUCAGAGUUAAAAAAUAAAUUAAUAAAUAAUCCACUUCACUACAUGAUAGAAAAUAAAUUUUAAUUUCAUAAGACAGUUUCUAAAAUUUGAGGUUGGUGCCGUGUUGAUCGUGUCCCUCAGCUCUGCAGUUAAUCAACCAGAUCAUGUCUGAACUCCUACAGGUGGUGGGGACGGGCAUGCUGGUCCUGUGUAUCCUGGCGAUCAUUGAUGGAGGGAACAUCGGAGCUCCUAAAGGCGUGGAGCCGCUGGCGAUCGGUCUGAUCAUCAUGGCCAUUGGUGUGUCCAUGGGACUGAACUGUGGAUAUCCGCUGAACCCCGCCAGAGACCUGGGACCUAGACUGUUUACAGCUGUGGCAGGAUGGGGGUUGGAGGUGUUCAGGUAAGUGAAUGAUACAGAAAAGCACGCCAGGGUUUGUUUCCUAUGUUUUUUUAAUAGACCUCCAUGUUGAUAUGAAGUACUUUUACACCACAUGUAACAUUUACAGUCAGGCAAAGAGCACAAUUUAUACAGUACACAUUAAUUUUAAUCAAUGAUGCUCUUCUACGUCUCAAAAGUGACAUGACUCAAAACAUUUCGGUGUUCAGUGUCUUAUGGCAGCAUGAACUCUUCAACUGAGCGGCCAACAACCAGCUCUACUACUGAGCCACUGCCGUCCAAAUCUGUGGAUUAGAUCUGAGUGGUUUUACUUUAUAUCCUCAGUAAUAGCUUUAGUCAUAAAUUCAACAUUAUAUAAAAUGAACUAACCUUCCUGGAGUUUUUACCAAAUUAAAGCUCCUGUGAGGAACUUUCGGUUUGUGUCAAUUCGCCCUCCCACACACUUACACAGACCACGAACCAAGUAGAAUUUGCUUAUCUUGUCUUUUAUACUCAAGGUAGUGUCCUCUGAUGAAAAAAAUCGCAUAAUUGUGACUUGAUGAAUAUAUUUCAUGUGAAAAUUUUAACAGAACUGUUUCUCCAGCUGUUUGGUUGACUCUCACAUGGAUUUUACACAUUGAAAAUUACACCGUAAAUAUCAUCAGUCUUGUUUCUGAUGUUCUUGUUUGCUUGAUUAUACAAAGGCAUCAGUAUGAAUUACAGUCUUUUUUAUUGAUGCCAAAAAUCUCAUCACAGGAGCUUUAACUUAGUCACAUUAAUAGCAGAGAUAGAGAGGUUGACCAGCAGCCGAUUACUCAGGCCUAUGAAUGGCUUUACCCUGUGUGUUUGUCUAGUUCAUGGAUUGAUCUGAAAUCCGUCUAAAUACUGAAUAAGAAAGUCAUGUUUAUUGGAUUUUUAUGUGAUUGUUAGAUUAGAUUGUUCUACAUAAAAUUAAACUGCUGUCCAGAAAGGUUAUUUACUCUCAGGUUGGACAUCAAAACACGAUGGUUUAAGGGUUGGAACUACUGGCCUAAUUUUUUCAAUCCUACCAGCAUUUUAGAAAUGCUCAGAGGGAUUAGGGACAUUUAAAAAUAAACGUGAGAUCUUGAUGCAAUGAGUUUAUUUCAGUGUUAAUGCCACAGCUCAGUGCAACCAGUUUAUAUGUACAUUUCCCGUUUAUACACACAUUCACAAACAGACACUACAAAUUCAUACAUGUGUGCUGCAUUAAUUUCUGCUUAAUGGUCAGAUCUACCAAGCUAGAUCCCUUUAUCAAAGUUAUUCAUCGAGUUCUCUAUCAGACCUGAGCUGCCAGUGAAGCGUGCCGUUAUAUAAUGUCACAUGCAGCCAACAGAUGCAGUCGAUGUUAGUGACUGAUCCUCUGAUGGUGCCGCUGAACUCCAGUGGCCUCAGUGACAGCCCCAUGUGUCGCUGAUGGAGAUACUUUUGACUCUUUCCUCUCAUGUGUUUUCAGCACCGGAGACUACUGGUGGUGGAUCCCUGUGGCGGGGCCCAUGGUGGGCGGCGUGCUGGCAGCCGUCAUCUACUACCUGCUCAUCGAACUGCACCACAAUCGCCACCAACCCCACGCCGAGCCUGAGAAGCCCCAUGUGGAGGAAGAGGAGGAGGAGGAGGAGGAAGAAGAGGAUGAUGACGACAGCAGUCUGAAGGAUAAAUAUGAGAUGAUCACCAUGAGUUAA